AUGGCUGUUUCCCGACCGUCGCUGCUGCUGCUGCUGCUGCAUGUGGGCUUUGCGGUGGCAUCGGACCACCGACACGCGCAGUGGUCGGCGGCGCGUGCGGAAGACGCCGGAGCACCGGCGGCGGCGCACGGCGCUCAGGCGCACCGUCGGCAUCUGGCGCAUCUCCGCGCGCCUCCCGGGGACAAACCCGAGGAGCGCCUCCUCCCCCGGGCGGUCACGGCUUUCCUCCACACGGGGGACUCGACCACCUUGAAGCACGCCAACUGCUCGCGCAGGUACGAGCUCACCUCUCUGCGUGAGGGGGGGAGGUCGCGAGGCACGUCGUCCCCCCCCGCGCGUCACUCCAUGGGCAGCGUGCUGGACACCGUGCUGCACGCCACGAACUUCCUCAACAUGAUCCUGCAAGCCAACAGGUCCAGGGAGCAGAGCCUCCGGCGGGACAUCGAGUGGUACCAUGCCCUGGUGAGGAGCGUGCUGGAGGGGGACGCCAAGAUCCACCGGGCGGUGGUCACUUUCAUCGCGGACGCGUCCGCGUCGGGCCCCUCGGUGCUCCUCCAGGCCACCAGGGCCGGCGGGGAGAUCGUCCUCCAAGACCUCUCCGGCGCGGCCCACCUCCAUCUGCACAACCGCACCGUGGACACGGAGUGGUACCACGGCGUCAGGGACAGGAAGAAGCCCAGCUUCCGGAAGAGGGUGCUGAGCCAAGACUUUAGCUCACUUGACAAUUCCAUAAAGAGAGGGGAGAGUUUCAUCCCGGACAAGAAGCACGUCAAGUGGUCCGCGCCCUACCUGGAGUGUGAACAUGGGCAUUUUGUACCCCGCUGGCUUCUGACCCUCUCGGCUGCCUUCUACGGCCUGAAGCCCGACCUGGCUCCUGAAUUCAGGGGCGUGGUGCGAGUGGACAUUAAUCUGCAGGAUGUUGAUAUCGACCAGUGCUCGGCUGACGGCUGGUUCGCUGGAACCCAUCGAUGCAACCUGACCACGAUGGAGUGUUUGCCGCUCGCCGGGCGAGGCUUCGUGUUGGACGAGUACACGUGCCGCUGCCGGACGGGAUUCUACCACCCGGACCGAGUGGCUGUCAACGGCUUCGCGAGGACGGGCAGGGAUGCCAAAGCUUCGGUCAGCGGCCCCAACGCGGACGAGGGCUCCUCCAGCGACUGCCUGCCGUGCCAGCCGGGCUGCAGCUUCUGCCGGGACGAGACGCCGUGCGUGACCCGGCAGGACGGCGCCCUGCGCUGGGCCGUGGUCUCCUCCCAGUGCCUCUGCAUGCUCAUCGUCUUCGUCGGCAUGGUCCUCGUAUACCACUUUCGCAGGAACAAGAGUAUCCGGGCAUCGGGUUUAGUGCUGCUGGAGGCCAUCCUGUGUGGAGCUCUGCUUCUCUACUUUCCGGUCGGGAUCCUCUACUUCCAGCCCAGCGUAUUCCGCUGCAUCCUCCUGCGAUGGGUCCGCCUGCUGGGCUUCGCCACCGUCUACGGGACCCUGACCCUCAAGCUGUACAGGGUGCUGAAGGUGUUCCUGUCCCGCACGGCCCAGAGGAUCCCCUACAUGACCAGCUGGCGCGUGCUGCGCCUCCUCGCCAUCAUCCUGCUCGUCGUCUGCUGGUUCCUGGUGGCCUGGACGUCGGCCGUCUGCCAGAACCCCGACAGGAAGUCGUCUCUCAUCGACGUCGGCUUCACGGCCCACGGGCUGCAGUUCAGCCUGUGCCUGCUGGACCGCUGGGACUACAUGAUGGCCGUCGCUGAGUUCCUCUUCCUGCUGUGGGCCGUGUACCUGUGCUACGCCGUGAGGACGGUGCCGUCGGCGUUCCACGAGCCGCGCUACAUGGCCAUCGCCGUGCACAACGAACUGGUGCUGACGGCCAUCUUCUACGUGGUCAGGUUCACUCUGGCUCCAGAGCUCCACCCGGACUGGAUGCUGCUGCUGUUCUUCACCCACACCCACCUCACUGUCUCCGUCACACUGGGCCUGCUGCUCAUCCCCAAGUUCAUGUCCGCUGGCACCCACAUGAGAGACGACAUCGCCUCCGAGGCCUACGAGGACGAGAUGGACAUGGGUCGCUCGGGGUCGUAUCUCAACAGCAGCAUCACGUCGGCGUGGAGCGAACACAGUCUGGAUCCCGAGGACAUUCGGACGCCAGAGGAAAUGGGCCAUCUCAGUCCUAUUAAUGGCUGUGGCGUAAGGUCUUGCGACAGUCUCUGGGAAAAACGUACCAACGAGGAGCUGAAGAAACUCUACACCCAGCUGGAGAUUUACAAAAGGAAGAAGAUGCUGGCCAACAACCCUCACCUCCAGAAGAAGCGCAGCUCCAAGAAAGGGUUGGGUCGCUCGCUGAUGAGGCGCAUAACUGAGAUCCCCGAGUCGGUGCACCGGCAAUGCAGCCGCGAAGACAAGGAGGCCGGCGAACACGGGAGCAACCGCAACAGCAUCUGCAUGUUGAAGAAGAACCCCUUCGAUCCGACUCACCCACCGAAGCCGGCGAAGGAGGAGACGCUCAAGAACAAGGUCUUCUCCCUCAAGAAGUCCCACAGCAGCUACGACCACGUCCGGCACCAGAGCGAGGACUCCAACAGCUCGGCGACGGACAAGAUGGAGGCGAGCCCGGCGGAAGGCUCCCUCCUGGAUACGCUCAUGGGCAAGAAGCUGGUCAAGAAGCAGUCCGGGGAGAAUACGGGCGUCCCCAGCGAGCCGACGGAAUCAGUUCCGUUGGUGUGCAAGUCGGCCAGCGCCCAUAACCUCAGCGCGGACAAGAAGCCGAUCCACCCUCGAGCCUACAUGCUGCAGAAGUCCCUCAGUGUCAUCGCCAGUGCCAAAGAGAAGACUUUGGGCUUGACGGGAAAGACCCAGAGCACGGAGGACGGCAACAAGAAGGGUCAGCCAAAGAGCAAAGACGCCAGGGUCGACGCAGAGCCGGAGACCGAGUGCCAACCCAAGAUGAUCGCGAGCCAUUCGGCCGAGUGCAAGCAGAGCGCGGCGCUGGGCCGGAUCAUGAAGCAGUCGGUGAGCAGCAGCCAGCCUUCCAUCUGCUCCGAUCCCGUCAAGGGAAAAGACCUCUCCGACCUCUCCGAAGUGUGUCCCUGGGAAGCGGAGGAUCUACCCACUCCGACUGAAAACAAGGUCCAGAAGCACGUGUCCAUCGCGCCGAAGGAAAGCACCACGGUUCACGGAGGCGGCGGCGGCGCCAAGGGAGGCAAAGCUCAGAAGCAGAAGCUCUCCGAUCCGUCGAGCGGCAGGCUUCCGAGGUCGACCGCCGUGCGAGCGGAGGUAUGUCCGUGGGAAGACGGCGCCGAGAGUCGAGGCGGCCAAGAGGAAGGCUCGAAGCGACAAACGUGCAGCAAGCCCGCGAAGACCCAGCAAGCUCAUUCUACAACGGAGAGCGCCAAGACCCAUCGGGUGGAGGUUUGUCCGUGGGACUUCGGAGAGCCCCCGAAGACGGCCGAGGUGGCCCGCUCACCGGAUGCGACGACGCAAAGGAGAGGCUCCUCCUCUCCCGCGGAUGGGAAAGGCAGGAGUCUCCUUCCAGAUCCGUCCGGAACGGGAGGCUCGCUCCAGCCGCCGUCUUCAAAAGCCGACGUGUGCCCCCGGGACGACGACGGCGGCGCCGUGUCUCCGAGUUCAGAGAGGGCGCCGAGUCCCUCUCGGGCGCCCCAAACCAAGGAGUGCCCGUCAAAAAGGAAGGACGCCGCUUCCCCGAGGACAGUCGAGAAAGAGAAAUCAAAAGGCGCAGACGGCGAGAAGUGUCGAACGAAAGCCAAGGACAAGAGCAAAUCUUCAGAGAGGCACGCGAGCCAACAGAAGAUGGCGGCGGCGUGCCCGUGGGACGCGGAGGGUGUUCAGGACGUGCCGCCGGUUGAAAAAAGGAAAAGCGCAAAUGUCGGAGCAGCCAACGCAAAGCCGACUGACGUCUGUCCGUGGGAUUUUGAGGAUACGUCGGAUGAAAAAGUUUCAGACAAAAGUAGUUCUGCGGUGAAGCCCGGCAAUCCGAUUCCUGAAGGCGGAGCUGCAGGCGCGAAGGCCGAUGUUUGUCCCUGGGACUUUGAGGAUAGCACAUCGAGCAAGAAGGCGUGACACUCGCCCUGAACGGACCACUGGAAUUAUAGUUAUCGAUGUAUACCUUUGAAAUCGUUACAUAUGACCUUUUACUAAUAGUGCGGCGACUUGGAAGAAAAGUUGAUCAAGUUCCACAAGUUGCCUUCCUUUCCGAGGUUUUGUUCCCGUUUGACCUCUUUUGAAAAUGAGUAAAAUGUACACACACAAAAAAACCAGAAAGAAGAAGAACCCAAAACAAAAUCACGACGAGCAUUCCAGAUUAUUAACGGAGAGUCCUGAGGAUAAAUCUUUAGACUAAUUAUGCAACUUUUGAUUCAGCCUUUUCACUUCAUGAGCGGUGUCGGGGAAAAAAAAUCUUUUAUUUGUCAUGUCGACGGUUCAUACGUUUUGUGCGUUGACGUCAUCACUUAACGAUAGAAUACGACCCGACGAUCGGAUUUGGAGGCGGGAAAAGACGUGUGAAAUUGAAGUCGUACAAAAACAGCAAAAGUGAAAGCCAAAGAACGAGGGAACAUCUGCGAAGACAGAUGUUGAUCUUAAGAUAGCAAACGAUUAUUUAUUAGUUGUGUGUGUGUAACUCCGUCUAUAGCACUUCAGUCAACUCCAUGAAUUACACACUCUGUUCUCCGUGAGCAGUCGGUCCACUUAUUCCUAACGUCACGGCAUGAUAACACACACACACACACACACACACACACACACACCAAACACAGACAUGUUUUCUUUGUUUAGAUCUAUUUAAUUGUAGUUUCUCGGCAGAUUAAAAUGCUUCCAAGUCUGCGGAGAUGUACUGUAUGUGCCUAACUAUACUAGCGUUGUCUUGUAUCAGUCGGAUGGGAAGCGGGAGGCUUCUCCUCCGGCCCUUUGUGACGGUGAACUAUUUAAACAGCAUGCACAGCCAGGGGUCGAGAGUAGUCGGACCCUUUUUGUCAAACCCCAAGCAGUUUAUGUCUUGACAAAAAUAUACCGUUUGUUUUUUUAUGACCGGAAGGCGGCGCUCCUUUCCCUGCUUUCAUAUUUCCCCCCCCAAAAAAAGAAACUCAUUCAGGGUGGUGAAGAUGAUACGAGAGCGGCAUCAACAUGAAUGUCUCAUAUGUACAAAUGUAGAAAGUAGGUGUGUGUGUGUGUGUGUGUGUGUGUGUGUGUGUGGUUCUUACGGUCAUGGAAAACCUGGAAAAGUCAUGGAAUUUUAAAAUGGUCACUUCCAGGCCUGGAAAAGUCAUGGAAAAAACUUAAAUCAUAAAAGUUUUGGAAAAGUCAUGGAAAUGUGUUAUAAUCACAUCAUUUACGCCGAGUUUGAAAUAAUUAAUAUGAUUUUUAAAGAAAGACGCUCAAAAUAUAAGCCGGCGUACGCUCUCUAUACGCAACAUUUUUUAUGUUCAUACCGAGAUUUCAGUUUGGUCAUGGAAAUUUGGUUUAAAGUCCUGGAAAUCCAUCGAUCAAAAUGUGUAAGAACCCUGUGUGUGUGUGUGUGUGUGUGUGUGGACUCGGGUAUAUCAUGAAUCUGGAGUGUAAAUGUAAUUCGGGAGCUGAACCUCCCGGGCUCUCGUGCGGCAUGGCGUCCUGGCCGCGCUUCCUGUCCUCUCGCUCUCCCUCGGAAAACCGACGCUAACCUUUAAUCGGAGAGCGAUCGGCUGAUCGGAAGCCGCCGCUCUGAGAGGAAAACGCGGGUUCGUCACAACUCGGGUUUUGUUUCGGCCGCUACUGACGUUGCAUUUGCUGAGACCUGGAACUGGAGAACAAAGUCCAAUGAGUACAAAAUAGAAGGCGAACAGUAGAAUAACGUUAUUGCGCAACAGACUUCCUGCUUGGUGAUGUGUGGAUCUAGUAAGGAACUGGUUGAGGAGUACCACCGACUUUUUAAAUGCACUUAUUUUGUAUUUUAACCCUCCUGUUACCUUUAGGGUCAAUUUGACCCCAUUCAAUGUUUAACCUCCUGUUACCUUUAUAUUUACUGACAUAUUUUACCCUCGGGGUCAAUUUGACCCCAGCAAUUAAAACCUCCAGAAAAUUAUUAGAAUUAAUAUUGUUUUCCAAGUUUAAGUGUGAGGUACUUUAUGUUUGUUUGUCGACUACCUAAAUAGCCCUUUAAAUAUAUAAAAAAGUUGAUAUUUCUUAUAUGUUUGACACAGUGAAAAACAGCCUCGGGUCAAAUUGACCCCAAAGAACACCGACAUUAAACAUUGAAUGGGGUCAAAUUGACCCACGAAAAAAAGGUUUGCACUAUGAGUAUAAUUGAAAUCAAUCUGUUCGUAAUCCACGUCGUCGUAAAUGUAGUUUGAAGAGCGAGAGGGAGGAGGUCUAGAAACACUGGACUUUCACCCAGGAGACCAUUGUUUGUGUCAACUAACUUAUUAAGUGAGCAUAUUUUAACCCAAAUCCUGAAAAAUAACAAAAUAACCUCCUUUUGUAUCCUAUUCAAGCGCCUGUAUGAGGAUGUGUUUAAUGCAGUGCUUCAGAUCAUUCGGCUUCCUGUCAUGUGACUGUCAGACUCGUUUCCAGCUCUCAGCAAAUGACUUCGGUAAAUGCGACGUUGCGACAACCAAUAGGAACAACGAGAAACGCCACGGAGAAAAAAAACCACGCUUUUAUAUCGAGCAACUAUCCUUUCGUAUUUUUAAUAUAAUAUUUCUACGAGCGUUAACACUGCCGUUAGUUUUCUCUUCGCGUGACGCAUGCUGUUCCCGGUUUAAUGCACUGAAGCCCCGUCGAUUUAUGAAGAUGAUCGUUUUAGAAUUAGGCAAUGUGGUUAUCAAUUAAUAAUCCUCCUGAAGGGUUUUGACUUGUUUAGUGGUUUGUAUCAAAAUGUCUAAACAUCCAUCUUUCACUAUAAAACAUCAACGGUCUCCAUUUAGCAUCGGGUACUAAAACGUUGUCACUGAUUGUCAUUAAUUAUCUAUAAUUGCUGUCAAAUUUCCUCAAUAUCCAAGAUCUGUAGGAGUCUUUAUAUCAAAGAAUAUAAAUCCGUGCUCAUUUGGCGAUGUCCUAUUCAAAACAGUCCAGUGACUAAUGCGUGUGACCUUUUGUUUGUUUCUGCGUGAACGUGAUUCAAAUGCCACGUCUCGUGUCUGAUGAAUUAUGCCCUUCGUCGGGGUCUCGUCUUCAAGCGUUUCAGACGAGGGUUUUGUGCUCCUGCUUUACGAGCAUCGGAGUGAUGUAAUGAUUUGAUAUGGAUCCAUGUGAUAUUUAUGAAGCGCGUGUGAGGCGUCGUCCAUCAUCGUCCCAGGGGGAGACAACAACAAAGACAUUUCAAAAGAUACUUUAAAAAAAAUGUUUCUCUAUAUGAUCACUGCUGCGUUGAUUUUAAUUUUAAUUUGAUUAUAAUUACAUUUGUAUGUUUAUUUUUAUUUUAUUCAUAUUUUCUUAAAUUUGUAUUAUAUAUUUAAUUAAUUAGAUUAAAUUGAAAAAAAAAUAUAUACAGUCCAUCAUUUUCUUUUAUUAUUAUUAUUUUGUUAUUUUUUAUUAUUAUUUAUUUAUUUUAACUGCCCUGGAUGAAUAAUAAUAUGCUGUUUUUGAUUAUUUCGUAUGUCCUUGUGUGCAAGCUAAUUUAAACGAGGGGCUGUGUUUAUAUCACGAUGAUUAUUUUUUAAAGAUCUACAGCUUAAAUCUGAUUCUGGUGGAAUUCAACCCGUUUGUGGAAAACAACAACAACAACAACAAUAUAUUAAGACAAAUAAAGGUGGUUAUUUAUUUCUGGUGUUGAAACUUUAUCUAAUUUCUACAUUAGAGUUAGCUGGAGCACAAACGAUAACAACAAUGCAAUAUCCCACCAUCACGCCAUGGAAUACGGCGCCUCCUCGGUUUGGCCUCCUCUAUUUGACCUCUGUUUGACCUCCUCUGUUUGGCCUCCUCUGUUUGGCCUCCUCGGUUUGGCCUCCUCUGUUUGGCCUCCUCUGUUUGACCUCUGUUUGACCUCGGUUGCGUACCUUUGCAUAUCUUCAGGUAGUUGUCUUGCUGUACGUCCCUCGGUCCAGUCGGCCCUCAGCGUGGACAUCAUGUCCGUUCCCUCCGGAGGUCGUCGUCGUGUUUUAGUCGCACCAUCGACCAAUCAGUGACGGAGGCCGUCGACCUCGUCCCGUAGCUUUCUGUCCACCGAUGUCUUCUCUUGACCUCUUCUCUUGACCUCUCCUCUUGACCUCUCCUCUUGACCUCUCCUCUUGACCUCUCAUAUUGACCUCUUCUCUUGACCUCUCUCUUCUAUUGACCUCUUCUCUUGACCUUUUCUCUUGACCUCUUCUCUUGACCUCUCCUAUUGACCUUUUCUCUUGACCUCUUCUCUUGACCUCUUCUCUUAACCUUUUCUCUUGACCUCUUCUCUUAACCUCUCUCUUCUCUUAACCUCUCUUCUUUUACCCUCUUCUCUUGACCUCUCCUCUUGACCUCUUCUCUCGUGACCCCGACGGCGAACACAAAUACUAAUAUUGCUACUACUAUUCAAAUGCUGUAACGUCGUGAAUCUUGCUCUUGUGGCUUCUGCAUGAAUUCAAGAAGAAAAAGUAAUAAAACUGAUACUAGGACCGAUUGUUUCACUGCCCUCGAUAGAACAAAAACAUAAAAAAAUGGAUCUUUUAUGGACUGUUACAAGUUGUAUCGUGAGUGGUUCUGUCCCUAACCCACUGUAUUAUGUGCUUGUUACGACUAUGGCUCUAUGACAAGCUUAUAGCAUCGAUAUAUGGGAAUAUUUGGUAGAUUUAUAUUGUUAUAUUGUGAUAGCAUGUACAUAAAAGAUACCUCCUCUGCAAUAAAUAUUUAUAUAAA